AGGUUACACGCGAGCAGGUUAUUUAGCCUUGUUAGUUCAAAAAGGAAAGAGCAAAUUCUGAAAAGCAAAUUCUCGGGUCUGCCGACAUUCAAAUCGUUUGGAGGAUCUUCUCGUAUGCCUAUGGAGCCAUUUCGCCCGAAUAACAUUUAAAAUUGAUUUAUUAAAGCCUGUUUCACCUGUACCUCAAGCUUUCAAGGGGGUUUUACAUGAGCUGAAUGAGCAGUUCCACGUCAAGAUUUCAAUAUUUACUUUAUCACAGCGCCUCGCAAUUUACGAGAAUUAGUUCAUAAGCAACUGACAGUCUUUCCAUUUAGUAAAAGAGAUCUUGCAGGGUAUCAAAAUUUGCCCCCCCCCUGCAGCUCCCCAAAUAGAAAGAAUACAGAUUUCAUGCUGUUGAACGUUAUGGUGGAUUUACCCAUAGAAAAUGUUCUUCAAUAGAAAAGUCUGCUUUGGUAAUUUGCCUAGAGCCCAAGUUGUUUUGACAAUCCUAAGAUACAAUGGACUCAACAGGUCGCUACCCCCAAACAUUCGCAGAUUGCACUGUUUCACCGUCCACUCGGGAAGAUGCGGUUCAGUGAGGCAAUUCCUUGCUCCGGGCAAAUGCUUCAAUGAAUUCAAACGCUUUGUCACGGAUAAAGCUAUGGAAGUAGGGUUAAAAGACCUGCCAAAAGUGAGGAAAAAGGUGAGCCAAAGCGAGCUGAAGAAAGUAUUGCUCUUGGCUAAGCCUGAGGCUUGGAAUCUUUCAGGGGCUGUCAUUCUCCUUUUGGCUUCAUCGGCGAUAACAAUGUCUGUUCCCUUUGCAUUGGGGAAAGUCAUCGAUCUCAUUUACAAUUCCGACAAAGUGAAGAUGAGGGAAAACAUAAAUAUUGUCUGCGGCGUUCUGCUCGCAGUUUUUAUCGUUGGAGGGCUUUGCAAUUUUGGCAGGGUUUACCUCAUGAAUGUCUCAGCUCAGAAAAUAACCAAAGCACUCAGGGAAAAAGUCUUUCAUUCAAUAAUGAAACAAGAAGUGGCUUUUUUUGAUAGAACUAAGACAGGAGAGCUCAUUAACAGACUCACGGCUGACACGUUAGUUGUUAGUAACUGCGUAACGAACAACAUCUCAGAUGGGUUACGAUCUUUAGUAAUGGUGGUCACCGGGAUGUCAAUGAUGUUCUAUUUGUCACCUUUUCUGGCACUUAUCAGUUUGUGCGUUGUUCCGCCUAUAGCAGGUAUGGCCAUUGUAUACGGGAGAUUUAUUAAAAAGAUGACAAUAAAAGUUCAAGAUGCAUUAGCUGAUGCAGCACAAGUAGCUGAGGAAAGAAUCGCCAAUAUAAGAACUGUAAAAGCGUUCAGUAAGGAGCUAAGAGAAGUCCAGGCAUACCAUGAAAAACUCAAUUACGUUUUGGCUUUAGCGUUGAGAGAGUCAUUAGCUAGAGGAAUAUUCUUUGGGAUGGCAGGUUUAUCAGGCAAUGCUGUCGCAUUAAUUGUCCUGUACAGUGGAGGUGUCAUGGUUUCCGACAAUUCUUUGACUGUCGGGGGGCUUUCGGCAUUUUUGCUUUAUGCAGCUUACAUCGGCAUCUCAAUUGGAGGUCUAAGUAGUUUUUAUUCUGAGCUUAACAAAGGGCUCGGUGCUUCAACAAGACUUUGGGAGUUAAUUGAAAGAGAUCCCAAAAUCGUUCCAUAUGGUGGGUUGAGGCCGAAAAUAAUGCCAACAGGGGAGAUAAAUUUUGAAAAUGUUGUUUUUUCGUAUCCAAGCAGACCGGAUCAAAAAGUAUUGAACAAGCUCAGCCUUCGUUUAAACAGUGGGAAAAUAACUGCUGUCGUUGGAUCAAGUGGAUCAGGAAAAUCAACUCUCGCUUUACUCCUGCUUGGCCUCUAUGUACCAAAUCAUGGUAGUAUAACUAUUGACAAUAUACCCGUAGGAAACUACGACCCGUGCUGGCUACGAUCUCACAUCGGCACUGUCGCACAGGAGCCAGUUUUAUUUUCGGGUUCGAUAAGGGAAAAUAUCGGUUAUGGAGCUGUUAACCCAAGUAGUUUACAAGAUGAAGAUUUUUAUGCAGUAUUGAAAGAAGCUAACGCUUUUAAUUUUGUAACCAAAGAAUUGUCAGAUGGUCUCGACACCUUAGUCGGAGAGAGAGGUAUCAUGUUGUCAGGUGGGCAAAAACAAAGAGUAGCUAUUGCAAGAGCAUUAAUAAAGAAUCCAAGGAUUUUGCUGUUGGAUGAAGCAACUAGCGCUCUUGAUGCUGAGAGUGAACAUUUAGUCCAGGAGGCUCUUGAGAGGGUAAUGAAAGGAAGAACAGUUUUAACAAUAGCGCAUAGACUUUCAACUAUAAAAAAUGCAGAUCAGAUCGCAGUAUUACAAGGUGGAUCAAUAGUCGAACUUGGAAGCUACGAUGAACUGAUUAAUAAAGAUGGGGUUUUCAGAAACCUGAUUAAACACCAAACGUUUCAACCCAACUGAAUUGUUAAUUAGCAAUAAAGAAAGCAUUACACUAAUUGUGAUUUAUUAUUGUAUAACUAUAUUUAUUAUAUGUUUAUAAAAUGGUGUUAUGUCUGAAAUAUAUAUUUGUGUUGUUUGUAAGCAGGAGGUAUGUUAUCUCAUAUCUUUUCUUGAAAACACUUUUUAACCUUAA